CCUUACCCUACCCUACUCUCUCUCACUAGACAUGGCCAAGACCAGACCAGGCAGCAGGCGCGUCGUUGCUUCCUACACCAUCAGGGGCACCAACAAAGUCGUCAGAAUGGGAGAUUGUGUGCUUAUCCGAUCAUCGGAGAACAACACUCUUCCCUAUGUGGCUCAGAUCGAUAAGAUCGAGAUGGAUAACCGUAACAACACCGACGUUCGUGUAAGGUGGUAUUACAGGCCGGAGGAAUCUAUCGGAGGUCGAAGAAUAUUCCAUGGUUGCAAAGAGCUCUUCUUGUCCGAUCACUACGACUUUCAGAGUGCUCACACCAUUGAAGGUAAGUGUACCGUUCAUUCUUUCAAGAAUUACACCAAGCUUGAGGACGUUACUCCCGAGGAUUACUACUGUCGAUUUGAGUACAAAUCUGCAACCGGUGCUUUCAUACCUGAUCGCGUUGCAGUGUACUGCAAAUGUGAAAUGCCCUACAAUCCGGACAAUCUAAUGGUUCAGUGUGAGGAAUGCAAAGACUGGUACCAUCCUACUUGUGUUAACAUGACUGCAGAUCAAGCAAAACUACUAGAUGAGUUUUACUGUGCUGGUUGUUCUUCUACUGCUGAAGAUAGUAACACAUAUCCUUCAUCCGAAGUCAUCAACAGAUCUGAGACGUUGGAACCCCAACGCAGAAGGAUGUAAUGAAGGAAGGCACAUGCAUGCAUGGGAUUGAGAUGGUGAAAGAUUGCUGGCUAGCUAGCUAGCUUGCUUGCUUCUUCAUCUAGCUGCUUCUCUAAUCCCUUUAUUUAUCAAGUACUAUUACUGUACAGUCAGUCAGUCUAGAGAAUGUGCCUUGUUUGGCAUUCAUGUCUUUAGCAGUGGUUUCAAACUAUUCUCCUUUUAAAUCUUCUUCUUAUGACUUAUCUUUACAUUGA